AUGCAGAUAAACUAUUAAAAGUUUUUUUUUUUUCACUUGAAUUUGAUUGAUUUUGAGUAAAAUAUUAAUUAAAAAUAGUUAAUAAUAUUUCUUAUUUAAUUGCAUAGUUUUUUCAACAAAGCUUUUAUAAAUAUAAUUAUUACCAAAGAUCUAUAUUUUAGAUAGGUAGAAGAUAAAUAGUAGUAGAUUUUAAUGAAUGGAAUAUCAUUAAGUUUCAAAGUAGAUAAAUUUGAAAAGCAGUUUAAUAAGGAUCGCACUAAGUCUGGUAGAGACUUCUCAAAGGGAUAUCUCUUGAUUCUCCUCAUUGAGAUGAUUGUUAUUGGAAUAGAUUAUGCUAUUAAUAGGAAGUAUAACGAUCUUAUAAUAUUAUGCAUAACUCUAGCAUAGUUUUUGUUAGGCUUAAUGCAAAGGCUUGUUGUACUUAAAAUAUGCUCAAGCUACUUUAAUUUGUUUAUUGCCAUCCAAAAUCUUGGGCAAGCUAUGCUAAAUUGCUGCAUGAUAAGUUUUUGGUUGAAUGUUAACGAUAUUGAUUAUGUAAAUAAUUUGUAUUAUGGCUCAAACAUUGUGUUAAAGCAUAUUUAUUUGUUGCAAGGCAGUAAUUUUAUUAUGAAAUUUAUCACUGCAAUUAAUAUUGGAAUCAUUUAUGAAGUAUUCUUUAUCAGGUUUCAAACAUCCAUUCGACAUUAUGUUUUGUCUGUUUCAAUAGCAAUUUUUCUUUAAAUUUACAAAAUAUUUUAAGAAGACCUUAGUCUUAGGAAUCUUUUUCUUGUGUAGAGAAGCGAGGAUGAGAUGAAUUUUUUAGUAAAGCGCUUGCUUCCAGUCAGUAUGCUCAUUACCAAAUACGAUAAAAAAGAGGAACGUAUUUACUUCCACAUGUCUAAUACAAAGCUAUAAAAGUAGUUUCAUAUAAAAGAUGAUGAUAGCAUGAAAAAUUUUUUAUUAAAAGUUGAGCUGUAAGCUUUAGAUGAAUAUUAACGCCUGCAGUUAGAGAGUAAUAAUAACAAAAGCUUAUUUUAGCAUAUGCAUUUCUAAGCAAUUUCCUACAGUAAAAAGCAUUACAAAAAGAAGAAUACAAUAAAUGUAAACAAUAACCAAGAUAAUUUGUAAAAUGAUCGUAAGUAAUCAAUAUUAAAUAACAACUCUAUUCCAAAUAUGCACCAAAAUUAACAGGCUUUAUUCUCUGCAGCAGCACUCAAUUAACCUGUUGAUGACAUGGUAUCGCCGAAUUCUCUUUCAUGCAGAUAAUCUGGAGACUUAAUUAGCCAUCGAAUGACUGAGCAUAAUCUCAGAAACAUAUUUGGGAUUUAGGAAAAGAUAGAAUCAGAUUCAAUGACCCAAAAAAUAAUAAAAUCAAUUAGAAAAAAAGAACACAAAAAAACUAUUAAAAAAUAAUUUGAUAAUUUAGAAAUUGAAAUAGGAGAUAGAUAAUAUGAAUAAACUAUAAAAGAUGUAUAUAACACUAAUAGCAAUCAUCCUAAUUCUAAUAAUAUAAUUAAUAACCUCAACAUAAAUGAAUACAAUUAAAAAAAAGGAAUAAAUAACAAUGCUAACGUAAAUGCUAAAAAUAUUGCAGAUGAAAUUUAUGAUCGUCUAGAAGUAUUUUAUGGCAUUUUAUAAGGUGAAAAUUAAAAGAUCCUGAACAUCAAAAUUUACACAUAUAUCUUAGAAGAAAUUUACUAAGUGAUUAUUUUUGAAGAUGAAACACUUUAAGGAAGAGUAGAAUAUUUGCAGAAACUCAAUAAAUAUUAUAUGAAUUUAUUUGAAUAAAUGCUUAAAAAACUUAGAGCUCCAAUCGCUCAAAGCUUAUAUAAAAUGAAAAAAGCAGUUAAUAACCUAAAAUAAAAUAUUAUCUUAAAAUAGUAAUAAUCAAUCAAUCAAAAUCUUUCUAGGCUCGAUAGUAUUUUAAGCUAAAACGAUUAAUAAACAAAUGCUCUAUCUAGACUAAGAGAGAUAGCCUCAGACUUAAUUGUAAGAAAGCAGAGUAGUUAAAUAUAAAAUACAAUAGUUUAAUCAACUUUGAACAACGAUUCAUCUAGGCAAGGAACUUCACUUUUAGAGGAUAUUAUUAAAUAAGAUAAGCAAUAAAAAGAUUUGAUUUUUUAAAAUACUUAAGACCUUUAAUAUAAUAACUACAAUAUUCUUAAUAGCUUAUUCAACUAUUAAGACAUUUUUAAAAUAUUCUCAAAGAAUUCUAUCAUCAUUUCUCCAAUUAAUAUCUCUUUAGAAAGGAUUAUAAAAGAUCUAAAAACUAUUUUUCAAUCUGAAUAUAAAUCACGCUGUCUUGAAUUAUAUUUUAUUAAUGAUCUUACAGAAGAAGAUUCAUACAUUAACACUGACGAAAAAUAUUUGAAAUAAGUCUUUAUUAAUCUUAUAAAUAAUUCCCUCCAAUCUCUUACUAAGAUCUAAAAAGGCUAUACGGCAGUUCAUUUUAAAUUGAAUCCUCUAGAUAAUUAGCUUAUAGAUAUUUCUAUUAUUGAUACAGGACCAGGCUUUGACAAUAAUUACAACAUAAGUGAAUAAAUUCUUAUAUAACAUUUAAAUGUUAUGACUUUAGGAAGAAAUUUGAAAGUCAAAGAGUUAAAAGUUGGUAUCCCAAUUAGCUAGAAAAUAAUUGGAAAAUUAGGACCAUAUGAGAAAAUAUAGUUUGAAAAAAAUGUGGUUAGGUUUUAAAUAUACAAAGAUUACGAUGGUUUGAUUAAAAAUAAAGAUAACAACUAUUAUGGUGGAUAUGUAAAGAGAAAGAGCUUGUUUGUUAGAAAUAAAACUAUUAGCUAAAGUGAAAAAUCUGAGUAAAUUUGUGAAGAAAAUGAACAAGACUACUAAUAAAACGAGAUUAAUUAUGCCAUCUAAAAGCAGUAAGUAAUAGAAAGAAGUGAAGCGCUUGUAUUCAGCAAACACUAAGACUACUUUAGUGAAUCUUCGUAUUGA